AAUGAUCGGUCCCGCAACUACUAAGGAUAAGUUAUUAAAACUUAUGACCGAAAAAGAGAACUUGGAAACUCAAAUCAAUGCCUAUGGCAGUGUUUUGGCAGAGAAUGAUAACGUUGGCAUGCACGGCUCAUUAGUCGAUUCCGAGGGAUUUCCACGCAAUGACAUUGACAUCUAUAAAGUUCGUCAGGCCAGACAACAAAUUAUUUGUUUACAAAAUAAUCACAAGACCCUAAUGAAAUCUAUCGAGGAACUUAUGCAUCAGUUACAUGCCGAGACAAGACAACAAAAUUUGACACAACAAACAUCGGAGCUAAAUUUAAAUGGUAGCUCCAGUGAGCAUUCGGAAGAAAUGGAUGCAAGUGUAAAUGGUUUGACACCCUUGGUACCAAUUGUGAAAAUAACCCAUGUUGAUGCAGGAUCACCAGCAGAACGAGCAGGUCUUCGUAGCCAGGAUAGAAUUGCCGAAUUCGGUUCGGUGAAUGCAGAUAACUUCAAUAAACAACUAUCCACCAUCGCUAGCAUUGUCAGUCAUAAACGUGAUCAAAGAAUUCCAUUGAAAGUUUUACGAAAUAAUGAAAUAUUGGAUAUUAUAUUAAUUCCGCAGCGAUGGUCGGGUAAUGGUUUGUUGGGUUGCAAUAUUGUUCUGAUUGAUUAAUUGGAAAUUGUUUGCUAA